UCUAAAAUUCAAUCGCAUAGUGCGCUGUCCUCGGCACAGAGAGACAUUCGAGAGGACGUGUGCGAUAUCCAUUUUGUACAUUUGCCGGUGUUGUCAAUUCGGUUUGGGCUACUGGGUUAUAAACACGUCAUUUAAUAACCGCUAGCCUUUCAAGGCUAAAUCAGAAGGCAUCCUGGACGAAACGGGUGCACCGAAGAUCCCUACGCAGCAUGGAUUCUAUGUAACUCCGGUAAAAUGUAAUGAGGAGAUGGCUCCGGGAGAGAGAGAUCAUCAGGGUACCAGCCGUAUAGUGUUGGUCAAGAAAAUUAUCAUGAAAGAUGGGCCCACGCCGGGCCAGGGUAUUGGCAGACCCAGUGUUUCCCAUGCUGUGGUGGUCAUCUUCCUGGAGUUCUUUGCCUGGGGUCUCCUUACCACUCCAAUGCUGACAGUUUUACAUGAAACUUUUCCACAGCACACGUUUCUGAUGAAUGGUCUCAUUCAAGGGGUAAAGGGUCUUCUGUCCUUCAUGAGCGCCCCUCUGAUUGGUGCCUUGUCAGACGUGUGGGGCAGACGGUCCUUCCUAUUGGUCACUGUGUUCUUCACCUGCGCCCCCAUCCCGCUUAUGAGACUCAGUCCCUGGUGGUACUUUGCAGCGAUUUCCAUGUCAGGGGCUUUCUCUGUCACCUUCUCUGUCAUCUUCGCUUAUGUCGCUGAUGUCACGGAGGAGCAUGAGAGAAGCACCGCAUACGGUUUGGUAUCUGCUACGUUUGCUGCCAGCCUGGUGACGAGUCCAGCCAUCGGGGCGUACCUGUCCGCGUGUUACGGUGACAACUUGGUGGUGUUGGUGGCUACACUGGUUGCUCUGGCAGACAUCUGUUUCAUCCUGCUGGCUGUGCCAGAGUCCCUCCCAGAGAAGAUGAGGCUCAACACCUGGGGUGCACCCAUCACCUGGGAGCAGGCCGACCCCUUCCAGUCGAUGAGGAAAGUGGGGAAGGAUCCCACGGUUCUUCUCAUCUGUAUAACUGUGUUCCUGUCCUACCUACCUGAAGCUGGCCAAUACUCCAGCUUUUUUCUCUACCUUAGACAGGUCAUUAACUUCUCAUCGGCAACGAUUGCGGUGUUCAUCGGGGUGGUUGGAAUCCUCUCCAUCAUAGCCCAGACACUUAUCCUGACAGUCUUGAUGAGAACGAUUGGGAACAAGAACACAGUUCUACUGGGGCUGGGCUUCCAGAUUCUACAGCUGGCCUGGUACGGUUUUGGGUCAGAGCCAUGGAUGAUGUGGGCUGCGGGUGCAGUAGCAGCCAUGUCUAGUAUCACCUUUCCUGCAGUGAGCGCCCUGGUGUCUCACAGCGCAGACCCAGAUAAGCAGGGUCUGGUGCAAGGAAUGAUCACUGGUAUCCGGGGCCUGUGUAACGGUCUGGGCCCAGCGCUGUAUGGCCUUAUCUUCUUCAUGUUCAACGUAGAGCUGAACACCAUUGACCCCAUCCAGGGAGAAUACCCCAUCGACCCUAUACCUAUAAACCCACCGGCUGAGAAAUCACUGAUCCCCGGCCCUCCCUUCCUCCUGGGCUCGUGCACGGUUGUCGUGGCGUUCCUGGUAGCCUUGUUCAUCCCCGAACACACCGAGCCUCCAGUUGUGACCUGCGCCGAUUCCAAGGAAACCUCCACGCUAGCUGGCGUCCACAUCAACACCCCAUUACCGGGCAGCGACGAGGACACGCAGGUGCCGACCAGCGAUGAGGAGCCCCUGCUGCAGGACAGCGUCGUGUGACUGAGGGCGGGCAGCAGGCGGCUUUGGUAUUGUUACAUCCAGCUAUGGGAACUACCCCAACACGCCAAUUAUGUAGCCUAUCUAUCCCCAAUGGAGGAGGAGGAGGAGGAGGAGAGAGAAAGGGGGCAAUAGGGAUGGGACAGGGGUCUAGCUAACCUAACUCAAUUUUGUGUUCAACUCUGCACUGCACAACCAACCAUUAAUUCCCUGGUCUACGCCCCUGUCUCUGCCCUUACCCAAUAGGAACUAGUAAUUAUUUAUUUAUUUAAGAGGAUUUGAUAAACUGUUUAUGAUGUUGUGAUCUUUUGGGGGAUGGUUACCCCAGUGAUUUUAGUUUUUCACCUAUAGGACUCUGGACCUUGUUUUUGCUGCAAGAGUCUGAAAGGAGAGAUAGCGGAGAUAGUGGAUCCAGCGGGCAAAACUGGUUACUGGUUGUAAUCUGGUUGUAAUGAUGCCAUUUCAACCAGCUUUGCCCGCUGGGGAGAUUAAUGGAGGUAGAACAGAAAGAGCUUGUUGUGCCCUGCAUUUUAUUGCUUCAACGCAUUUUCAAACUCCAUUUCACAUCAUUUCGAUUACAAGAAGGAGAACUGUGCCAGUAGUCAACAACACUUAACAUAUUUACUUUAGAAGACUGUUCAUAGAGGAACUCUGUCACUAUGAGCAGCCGUACGAUUAUGACAUAAUAAAAGGGCUCAGAUAUUAGUCCAAUAUUUCCAUGGGAUCUUCUGUUCACAAGCCUUACAACAACUCACAUUUUUUUCAGAGAGCACUUAUCAUAUCAUUGUCUUAUAAGGGGUAGGGAGACAUGGGGGAUUAGGAUGGUAGAGUAGUUGGCAUAGGAAGAUGAGAUCUUGAUGUAAUUGUUUUACUCCCAAGAUCUCAUCUCACACUUUAUUGUGCAGAGUUUUGGUAUUUGAACCAUCGCUCCUAGAGAAACUGCUAAAAGUGUUACUGUAUGGUGAGAACAUGGAACUACAGUAUGUUGAGGCAGAAUUGAGGUGUUAAUGAUGCCAUAAUUGUUGCUGAGCGUUAUGGUUUCAUGCAGUGCCCUGCGGUUUCUGUUCAGUCUGUGAAAUCUUGAUUGUUACUGUAUAAAAAAAAGUUUUUUAUCUUGAAGAAUAUAAUUUAUAAGAUGUAUUUAUGAUGUAUUUUAUUGAUAUUAUACAUCAGGGCUGGGGGCAAUUCCAGUCAAUUUAGAAAGUAUUCCACAUUUUCCUCAUUGAAAAGCAUUGAAGAGAAUUGGAAUUUGAGUUUGAAUUUUAGUGUAUUUCCUGAAUUGACCCAACCCUGUUAUCCAUGCUGUAAAAAUAGUAUUGCUAACAUUCUGCAACAUAUUGACUGAAAUGUCUAGGCUACUUUGGUAGUAAAAAUAUUAUAUUCAACUUUGAGUGAGACACAUUUUUACUGGUUUUCUUUUUGUAAUUUUUGGGAGGAUUCUUCAUUGUCUUUUAAGUAUAACCUUACUCUGAAUUAUAUUAUAGGGGUGGAUAUAAGGUGAGGUUUCCUUUUUUUAUUUGGAUGACAAAAUCAUGAAUUUCAAUCAUUGUUUUUUUCCUUCAAUAAAUAUGUCCAAGUGUUA